GUACAAAGUACUUGAAGAAAGCUUGGCCAUUUUUUAAUAUUUGACUUAUUUGAGCAAAGUGUGAAACUGGUCUUUCGAGAUAUUGCAUUGGCCACAAUCUUUGGUGGGUCGGUGAUAUUGUUGAAUAUUGGCUCUUCUUUGGCAUUUAGCUCGAGGGAGCAAAACUCGGUCCGUGAGUUGUGGCUUUGGCGACUAUUAAAGGGUUUGAACUAGUUUUCUUUGAGAUUGACUGGAAAGAGUGUUAGAAGAAUUGGUUUUUGAUGUGGAAUACUUUUCUUAAGAUCAAGACAUGCUUAGGUCUUAUGAAGGAGAAAAUGAUAUGUUCUUCGACUCACAGGAUUUUUUGUCAAAUGAAGAGUCAAGCGUGACACAGGAAGAAUUGAGGAGUAGUAGUAACUUGGAGUAUGAAAUCUGGUUUAGUGAGCCAAGUAGUGUCAAGGAAAGAAGGAAAAUCUUUCUAAAACAGAUGGGUUUAGCUGAACUUACUUUUCCAAAUAAUAGUCCUCGGGAGAUGGAAAUUGAAAUUGAUAGCUCAUCUAAGAUAAUGGCAUUGGACAGGCUUGUUGAGUGUGGUGGAACUGUUUCACGUCGUUCUAUGUUUUCUGCUAGUUACAUUGAGGAAACUUCGGAUUGUUGUAGAGUGGAAGAGAGCGGUGAGGCAAAUUCUAUGUCUAAUGUGUUAGAAGGAUUCCAAAAAGAUCAUAAUAUAGUUUUAGCUGUAGAGUUUCCACCGGGAGAAGCUGAGGUUCAUUUAGAAUGUCAUAAUCUUCAUGAUGAUACAAAGAAAAUAACGAGUUUGUGGAAGCGUUUUGUAAAUAAGAGGAAUGGAAGAGGCAGUAAAGUUGCGUGUGAUGCCUCAAAGCCAGCAAUGCAAACCACUGUAGAAUCAAAACUAAAGGUUGUUCAUAACAAGAAGAGGUGCUUAGAGUUUACCGCCCCUGUCAUUGGACAAGAAGUUCGUGCACAUAAGGGCUUCAUUUGUUCGAUGAAGUUUAGUCCAGAUGGUCAGUAUCUUGCAAGUGGUGGUGAAGAUGGAGUUGUACGAGUUUGGCGAGUGAUGGCAAUAGCAUCUUCUGAUUAUUUAUCAGCUAAAGGAAGCUUUUGUAGCAAAUUGAAGGAAGGGAAAUCCAGUUUUCAAAGGAAACAUCCAAUCCAUGCCUCAGUUAUCUUUCCUGAUAACAUUUUCCGGAUUGAUGAGACCCCAGUACAUGAGUUUUAUGGCCACUCUAGCGAUGUGUUAGACCUGGCUUGGUCCAAUUCAAAUUUUAUUAUUUCAUCCUCCAAGGAUAAAACUGUUCGACUUUGGCAAUUGGGUCGCAAAGAUUGUCUCAACGUUUUCCAGCACAAUAAUUAUGUUACCUGCAUCCAAUUCAAUCCUCUGGACGACAAUUACUUCAUCAGUGGCUCCAUCGAUGGGAAAGUUCGAAUCUGGGGAUUAUCCGAGAAGCGAGUUGUUGAUUGGACUGAUGUCCGAGAUGUGAUCACUGCUAUAUGUUACCAACCUGAUGGAAAAGGGUUCAUAGUUGGCUCCAUUACUGGCACUUGCCGUACUUAUCAAACAUCAGGCGAAUGUCUCAUGUUGGAUUCACAGAUACACAUUCCUGGUAGAAAGAAAGCUGCAGGCAAUAAAAUAACUGGCAUCAAGUUCUCCCAGGAAAAAUCUCAAUGUGUUAUGAUAUCAUCAGAGGACUCAAAACUUCGCAUAUUUGAUGGUGUUGAUCUGACUCAUAAAUAUAAAGGUCUUCCAAAGUCAGGAAGUCAAAUCUCAGCUUCUUUUACAUCGAGUGAGAGACACAUAAUCUCCGUCGGAGAAGACUCUCGUGUAUAUAUCUGGAACCAUGAUGCCUUGUCUGCUCCUUCAUUGAAACAAACAAAGUCCGUUCGAUCUUGUGAGUAUUUCUUUCAUGAAGGUGUGUCAGUUGCCAUUCCCUGGUCAGGAAUGGGAACUGAACAGAACAGCUUGAGCAAUGCAACUUCCUUGCAAGCGCAGGACCACCUAGAAACAACUUCAUGGACCAGAGAUUCGGAGCGUUUUUCUCUUGGUGGUUGGUUUUCUAUAGACGGCACGUGUAAGGGAUCUGCAACUUGGCCUGAGGAGAAACUUCCUUUGUGGGAUAUCUCAUUCACAGAAGACCAGAAUAGUUUGAAGCAACACCACCAUAACCCCACAGCUAUAUCAGAAACAUGGGGGCUUGUGAUAGUAACAGCCGGGUUAGAUGGAACAAUAAGAACAUUCCAUAAUUAUGGAUUGCCUGUCAGACUCUAAGCUCAUCGUUCUGUAUUGUUGAAUUGAAUAGAAUCAACUUUCAGCAACUAAACAUCUCUGUUGAACCGAAGAAUGUGUUGUGUAUGUUUGUACAUUUUCAUACUUGUUCAUAUAAGCAGUUGUCUUGGUCCUGCCAAGGAGAUAGGACUCUACAAUUUUGUUUAUUAUUUUCUCCUCUUUUGUGAAGAAUAGUUCAAUGUAAAUGACAAUACAGAAAAAAAAAAUACAAUUAGUUAAAUAUUUCAUUGUGAGCUUUAA